CACACUUAAAACCCAAGUCUGGUUUUAAAACACACACCCUACAAAACCCUAAUUCCACUAUCAUCGCCUUCAUCGUGUAGGCACAAGUGAAGUGAUUUCUCUACGUCGCCGGUGCCGCUAACAUUAGAACGAAGAAAUGGCUGAAGUUGCCAAGGGAGGAUCAGUUGUUCCAGAGUCUGUGUUGAAGAAGCAAAAGAGAAACGAGGAGUGGGCUCUUGCAAAGAAGCAAGAGGAUGCAGAGUUGAAGAAGAAGAAUGCAGCUAACCGGAAGUUGAUCUUUAACAGGGCUAAGCAGUAUAGCAAGGAGUAUGAGGCUCAGGACAAGGAGUUGAUUCAGCUCAAGCGUGAGGCUAGACUGAAAGGUGGAUUUUACGUGAACCCUGAGGCAAAGAUGCUGUUCAUUAUUCGUAUUCGAGGUAUCAAUGCAAUGGACCCAAAGUCUAAGAAGAUUUUGCAGCUUCUGCGUCUGAGACAGAUUUUCAAUGGUGUGUUCUUGAAAGUGAACAAAGCCACAUUGAACAUGCUACACAGGGUUGAGCCAUAUGUUACCUAUGGUUACCCUAACUUGAAGAGUGUGAAGGAGUUGAUUUACAAGAGAGGAUAUGGAAAGCUUAACAAGCAAAGAAUCCCUCUAACUGACAACUCGAUUGUUGAACAGGGUCUUGGAAAGUUCGGUAUCAUCUGUGUUGAAGAUCUUAUUCACGAAAUUUUAACUGCUGGUCCGCAUUUCAAAGAAGCCAACAACUUCUUGUGGCCUUUCAAGUUGAAGGCACCCUUGGGUGGUCUGAAAAAGAAAAGAAAUCAUUAUGUUGAAGGUGGAGAUGCCGGCAACCGUGAAGAUUUCAUCAACGAGUUGAUCAGGAGGAUGAACUAGAAUGAUGAGGUGGGUGUCGAGAUUUUGUGUUUUCAACUUUAGGUUUGAUAGAUUGUUUGGUUGUUUUGUCGUUGAGAGUCGGAUACUUUUAUUUUCAAGCAAAGAGAAUGUAUCAUCGUUCAGAUUGUUUUCUUUAUCUACUGGUUUUUUGGACUUCA